UGUGAAUAACAUCAUUUCCGGUAAAAUGGUGAUCAAAGUCAUGUUAUAAGUUCUUGGUCCUAAAAUGCAACAAAAUGGGGCAGAAAACAUCAUCCAUGGCACGAAAAGUGUCACAGUCAGUAUCAUCAAUGUUUGGUGCAACGGGUGAUGACAAGGAUGGAGCAAACCACUCAUCAGCAUUAGCGAUAACGCCAUUUAUAUAUACUAAGAAAGGAUCAAGGUUUUAUGAUGAAGAUGGAGACCUUGCCCAUGAAUUCUAUGAAGAAAGAGAUAUAGGUGGCCAUUCUAUAAUGGAACAACACUGGCGAAAUCUGACACCAGAGGGAGAGGUUAAACUUCGCAUUCCAAGGCUCCAUGUGGAUUUCCCUGUUGUUAUAUGUGAGGCACCUUAUUCAGGUCCAGGGUAGUACCGCUACUGAAACAUGUGAAAAUUUAAAGACUUCAUCAUUAAUGUGAAGAUAUUGAAUUAUUUCCUUCUGUUGUGAGAAGUUGCUUAAUAGCUGUGUUCUACUUUUAAAUCAAAUAUUUACAGCAGUGUACAUUAAAUAUUUAUUGCAUUGUACAUUCUGUAUAAACUGCAGUAAAUGUAGUAGCUUGUCAUGGAAGAAAAGUUAGUGAUGUACUGUAGUUAGUUGAGAUUGCCAAAGAGAAAGGUGUCAGUGUAAAAUGUGUAUAAACAUGUGUGAGUACAAAAUGUUUUCAGGUAUUCAAUGUACAUACAGUAUGUAUAUACUACAUCAAGUACCUACAAAGUUGACAAGUUGUGAUUUGUGAAAUAACUUGGUAUGUUUGUGCAUGAUCACAUACCAGUAUCUGUAUGUCUGUAAUACAUGUAUAUAUUUAUUAUAUUACAUGCAGUAGUAUGAAUGUUAUAGUUUUUUUUGACGUGUGAAAGUGUGUACUGGUACAUAAAAAGAAUGUUUAUUCAUUGUACAUUUUGUUUCAACAACACAUUCGCUUGGAUUUGCAAAUUCCUAUACAGAUUAAGAUAAAGGGUGUUAGGUAGAUUUACAACUGUAAUAUAAAGUAAAAUGAAAUUUGAUCUGCUGGAUAUUUCUAUAUAAAUGUUAAUAUCACAAUCAAGUGUUAUACUAUGAAGCUUCUAGAUCUAAGUCUAAAAAAUCUUUGUUCUUGUGGUUGUAGCUUCAUCUAUAGUGCAUAACAAGGAUGUCAAUCUUUAAAAUAUACUGUAAAUUUGUAAUCAAAAGCAAGGAAUUAAUAUUCGAGUAAAAUAGUGAGAACCUUCAUCUCGCGGAUUCUAAAAACUUGAUUUAACUAAAAGAAAUUCUGUGAAAAAUUCUGCAUUCGCGAUUUAAUGAAACCGUUGAAUUGCGGAAUUAUGUACUCGCGUAAAAUAAGGAAUCUACAGAACCUGAAUCUAUAACCUUUGUAUAAGAGGCUGAAAUGUGUUAAGAAUUUAUUAUGGAGUGAUUGCAUUGGGUUGAAAAGGCUGUCAAAUGAAAAUGUAGAAAGUGAAAGAGUCUGUAAUUAUUGAUGUUACAAUUUAAUCAAUUUUAAGACUUUUUUUUUUUGGUCACUUCUGUACAAUUUUCUUUGUAAGGCACUGGUCACUAGUGUACUAAGUUCCAGUACUUUUCCUGUUGUAUCUUGUUUUAAUAUGUACAUUACCCACACAAAUGAUUAUGGUACAUCUUUAUCUUAAAUACAGAAUUUAUGGUCAGUAUUUUAUAAGUUUUUCUUAUCCUAAUGUGUGACAUUUAUGUUAACUAUUUAAGUAAAAAAGCUACACUCCCGUAUUAUCAAAACAAAAAUUGAAAAGCAUUAGACUUAAAAGUCUUGUUUCUGCAUACGGCAAU